AGCCCACACGCUAUCAAAAAAAGCUUCCACUCAGCAAUCCACCCAGCCAUGGCCCACACAGAACUAGACAAGUUGGUGUCAGAAGACUUGGGGUUUCAAGCUGAACACCCAAUUGAUCUCUUCGACCCGGUCGACGCCGCAGAACUGGGUCCACUUCUUGAAAACCUGACCAUCAACUUUCUGGAGGUCUCCAACGCAAAUAAGACUAUCUUUGCAUAUUACAAUGGCCAGCUCAAGUUGAUCUCAACAUCCGCCUUGUCUACCGUUUUGGAAUCCGACGGUGACGACACCGCCAGCAGUACUUUGGCACAGCACAGCUACAGUAUACCCGCUGAGGUCUCCCAGAUUAAACUCAACGCUGAUGAAUCCUCAUUGUAUCUCAUAUCCACAAAAAACUCUGAGACUUCCGUGUCUUCAAUCGACAUACCGAUCCUAUUGCGUGGCAAUUACAACGAAAUAGCAAUUGCAACAUAUCCAAAGGGAAGCAAGGUUCUCAGUUUCUAUCCGUCACCGUCAUCUCCAACGCUGGCGGUGUCCCUACUCGAUUCCGGAGAAAUUUAUCUCAUAGAUUCUUCCAACAACUCUUCCACACAAAUAGCUUCGAACGCUUCCGCAGUUAACUGGUUUAACAACCUCGUAAUAUUCAGCUCCAACGACAGCACUGUGGUACAUUUUUUCGAUAUAUCGACCAAGUCCAAUACCUCGUCUUUCGAGAUCAGUGACACUCCUCCAGAUGACAAAGUCUAUUACCUCCAACAAUUGGAUGAAUCAACAUUGCUUACUAUCACUGGGGAUUCAAUUGGGGCCGAAGACUCACAAGAGUACACCUCUUUUUUUGUAACGCUAGAUCCUGCAAAAUUGUCCCUUCUAAAACUAGAAUCCACAACCUCAUUAUUUUGCUCAUAUGGUGCUAUCCCAAGAAUGGCCUCUUUUUAUACACUCAUUUUGAAAAAUUGGUCUCCGAAAUACCCAGAACUAUUUGUAUCGGUCGGUUCAAAAUCAAUUGAUAUAGAUUUUUUCCUAAAAAAUCAAACGGUGGAGCUUCUCAAUGACUCAGAUAGAGCAACCAUGCCAAUGGACGAUGAUUCAGGCGAUGACGACACUCCUCUUGGUGCUGUGCUCGAUUUUACCUCCAGCGUCAAGGUACAGCCCUCAAAAAAUGUGGACGAAUUAGGCCCUUGGCCCAGAUUGGCAAUUCUUACGAACAGGGGACAAUUAGUCUGCUGGAAUUUGUGGGCCAAAACUGACGCAUCUUUAUACAAUCCUACCGAUCUAUCCAAAGCUACCAGUAAGCCAACGAAUGCAACAAUUCAACACAGCUUCCCAACAAGUACCAAGACCACUUCACACUCUGUCCCCACAUUUGGAGCGACCCCAGGCGCAGACGUCUCCAACCCCUUUGGCUCAACCAAUUCUUCCAUAUUUGCUCAAAAUUCUUCUUUCAAGACAAAUUCUAAUACAACUACUUCUUCAAUCUUCGGCAAGAGUUCAUUUACUGAUAAAUCCUCGAAUCCUUUCGGUCAAUCACCAUUCAUGAAUGCUAGCAAUAGCAAUAAAACAAAAUCAACAACAGAUGCAAAACAAACGAGCUCUUUCGGAUUUGGCAGCUUUGCUUCAGCCUUGCCAAAACCAGAUGCAAACACGACAGGCAAACCUGCCGCAACCACCACAGCAAACACUACGGCUCCAGCUGCUGCACCAUUUGGCUCUACUUCUUUUGGUUCAUCAUUUGGCAAAUCAACAUUUGGUGUGAACAACUUCAAAAUGGGCGGAGAAUCGACCACCACAGCAGCAACUCCAGCCACUUCUACCACCACCAAUACUAUGACUUCAAAAGCAUUUUCCGGUGCGAGUGGUGGAUUUGCAGCGUUCUCAUCUACCAGCUCCAACACUACUAGCAGCCCAUUUGGACAGUUCAGCAAGGGUACGAGUAGUACUGGAGGUCUGUUUAAUGACAUGGGAAAGCAAAAUUCUUCUACCUCCUCACCAUUUUCUCAGCUAUCUUCUGAUAAAGCGGGUGGACUAUUCUCGGGAUCUACAAACACACCAUCAGGUCUUUUUGGCUCAAACACAGGGUCAGAUCAGAAAAGUCCAUUUGCUAACUUAUCAUCUGGUGUCACCUCCCCGCCCAGCGCAUUUACCUCUAAUAAAUCCAAUUUAUUCGGAUCUGCCACCUCAAAAGUUCUUGGUGUCAAGAAGGAAGAGUCGUCUCCAUUCAGCCGGCUGGGCAAAGACUUUAGCAGCGUAGUGAAUACAAACACUCCUGCUUUCACAAAUAAUACUAAACCAACUUUGAGUUUCGAGACAAAACAAAAGAUUGAAGAGCUUGAGUCUGACUAUGAAGAAGAGGAACUUGAGGCUGAAUCAGAAAAAGAAUCAGAGGAAGA